AUGUCUUCGGCUGUCCCACAACACCAGCACGCCCCUGACUGCGACCAGGACAGCCGUGUGACGCGCCGAGCAUUGGAUCAGUCGAGCCGAUAUGCGGACCUUUCCCUGGACGAAGCCACACUGAUCAAGAACUGCAAGCACGUGUUGAUUUCCUACAUCAUGAAGCCGAAGGCAGGCUACGACUACUUGGCCACCGCAGCCCACUUCGCCGCCGAGUCCUCCAGACGUCUUGACGAAGUCCGUGGAUGCCCCGUUGAGCCCCGUUGUACUACACCAACCCUGAUAGUGAGGAGAUGA